GAGUCCAGGUUUAUACGUCUCAGGCACCGUUUGUCCUGACGUCACCCAUUCACGUGAGUGGAUUGGAAGUGAAGUGAAUGCGGAAAUUCAUUUUAGUGAGAAAUUAUGUGUUUACUGUACAACAAAAUUGGUAAAUGUGAAAAAAAUAUUGUUUACAGUACAAAAGCGAGCUCUUUAAAGAAUAUGGGAGACUAUCGUCUGGACAGCGUGAUAGCGGAAACAUUCUUUUUCCACACCAUGUAGGUUGGAAAUACGGUUUGUUGUUCACAUUGACUUUAUAACUUGGGAAAAAUCUGUAGGGUAACAUGCCAUCUGUCGCUCCCAUACCGAAGGCCCUUUACAUUGCCACUUCAUUGGGCGACCUAAACAAGAGGGCAGAAGUGAAGCCAGAGAAAACGAGUACCAAAAAUUAUGUGCUGAGUGCUUCUAAGAUUUUCAGGGCGGCAGAGGAAAGCAGGCUGGAUAGAGACGAAGAAAGAGCAUACGUCUUGUAUAUGAAAUAUUUGUCAGUUUAUGAUCUUAUUAAAAAAAGACAUGAUUUCAAACAAAAUCAGCAAUAUUUUGUUUCACUUCUGGGGCCUUCAAGUAUCAAAAAAUCCAUUGAAGAAGCAGAAAGGUUGUCCGAAAGUCUUAAGACAAGAUAUGAAGAGGCUGAAGUCCGCAAGAAGCUUGAAGAACGAGAUAGAUUAGAAGAGGAAAAGCAAAAGAAAAAACUGGAGGCCGCAAAAAAUGAGGACGUAAUUUCCGCAACUGCUUCUUUAAAUGAGGCAUUCGCUCCCAGAAAAACAGCACAGAAGGUAGAUGGUGAGCAGAGUCUAUUACCAGUAAGUAAUGCUGCAGGCAGUGAUGCUUCAGCUCAAGGUACAGUAACAGCAGAAAUGCUGGUUAAAAUGCUUGAAGAUGGUGACAUUAAAUUGAUUAUAAUGGAUGCCCGAAGUAUGAAAGAUUAUCAAGAGUCUUGUAUCAAAAUAAAAUCAAAUUGUUGUAUCAGCGUACCAGAGGAAGCCAUCCACCCAGGAAUUACUGUUAAUCAGAUUGAAACAAAGCUUCCAGAUGAUUCCAAAGAAAUGUGGCAAAGGCGAGAAUACGCUGAUUACAUUGUUUUGCUUGAUUGGUUUAGUUCCAUUUCUGAUUUAAAAGUGGGGACAGUUCUGCAGAGCCUCAAAGAUGCACUUUUUAAGUGGGACAGUCAAGUUAUCCUUAAACAUGAACCAUUAGUUUUAGAAGGGGGCUAUGAAAACUGGCUGUUGUGCUAUCCAAUGUACACAACAAAUGCAAAAGUUAUAAAACCCAGGAAAAAAAUAACUGAUGUUAUUUCUGUUUCACUGAAUUUCAGUUAUCCAUCUCUGGAAGAGGUUAAUCCAGUUUCACCACAACCUGUUCCAGAAGUGGCAAAUGAAGAUGAUUUUCCUAAUGAUAAGGUUUUGGAGGACAAUGAUAUGGACACAAUAACAACCCCCCUCAAUGUAUUGUCUCCAGGACAUCCUGCUAUUGGAACUGUUACUAAAGCUUCUGAUGCCACCACAGUCACCCUUCCAUCUGGAAUUGCAUCUGCAAGUGGAGCUGCUAGUCCUUUAAAGACUAUCCCUCAGAUAGAUCGUUCUAAAAAGCCAUCAGGGAAAUUUCCAGAUGCAAAACCAAAGUCAGAUGUUUCAGUAGUAGCAGGUCAUGUGCCUGUGCAGAAUGGACAUUUUAUUCCAGAUCGUUCCACAAAACCACCUGUUGAUCAAAAAUAUAAUUUAACAGAAGAUGAAAAAAGUCAUAUACAUACAGAAACAUUGGCCUUAAUGGAAAAGAGUAAAAAGGAAAAACAACAGCGUGAUAGAGAGAAGUUGCAACAACCUGAGCAGAAGAAAACAGAAGAACCUGAGCAGGAAUGCAGUGAAAGAGAGGAUCGUGUGCAUGAAGAGAAAGAAGAAACAAAGCCCGGAGAGCAGGAAAAGGUAAAAGAUGAGACAAGUGAAAUUCAGCAGGCAAGAAAACAAAAAGAAGAACAAGAAAAGAGCCUGAAGGAAAAGGCAGAUGGAAAAAAACACAAGCAGGAACAAGACAGUAAUGAUGUCAGGAAAGAACAAUUGGAGAUAAAGUCAUCAGAAGGAAGUGAUAAAGUAAAAAAUAGUGGGCAACUGUCAGACAUCCAGAGACCAAUUAAGGAAGAAACUUCUAGUUUUGCAAAUGACGAUCAUAGUAAAAGCAGGAGAGACCCACUAAUUAGAGCACGUAGUGAAGAAAUGGGAAGGUCUGUGCCGGGGUUACCUGAAGGCUGGAUGAGGUUUCUUGAUACAGUUACUGGCACAUAUCGUUAUUACCACUCUCCAACUAAUCUUGUGCACAUGUACCCACCUGAAAUGACUCCAUCAUCACUGCGUACCAUUCCUUCAACUGUUGAAGUCAAACAUGAAGUCAAGGAACUGGAGAAGGAGCACUCCAAAUUAAAACGGUCCUAUUCUUCACCAGAUAUUACCCAAGCCAUUCAAGAUGAAGGAAAGAAAAAAGUAACAGUGACUCCAGAAGUUAACCGUGCCACUAAACCUAUUACAAACCCUUACACAAAGACAGAAUAUGCAAGACCAUCUGCAACAAAAAUUAGGAAUUUAAACCCUGUAUUUGGGGGCCAGGGGUCAGCAAUUACUGGGCUUAGAAAUUUGGGAAACACAUGUUACAUGAAUUCAGUUUUGCAGUGUUUAUGUAAUACACCAUAUUUAAAUGACUACUUUUGUAAAAACUAUUAUCUAGAAGAUAUAAACAGAAACAAUAUUUUGGGACAUAAAGGUGAAGUGGCUGAAGAAUUUGCUGUUAUAAUGAAAAGCUUGUGGGCUGGUCAGUACCGUUAUAUCAGUCCACGAGAUUUUAAAAUCACUAUUGGAAAAAUUAAUGAACAGUUUGCAGGAUACUGCCAGCAGGAUUCUCAGGAGCUGCUUUUGUUCCUUAUGGAUGGACUGCAUGAAGACUUGAAUAAAGCUGACCGAAAGAGAUACAAGGAUGAUGAUGAUAAUUUAGAUGAUUUAAAGGCAGCCGAUGCAGCCUGGAGAAAACACAAACAUUUGAACGAAUCCAUCAUUGUUGCCCUCUUCCAAGGCCAAUUUAAAUCUACGGUACAGUGUUUGACCUGUCACACUAAAUCACGAACAUUUGAAGCUUUCAUGUAUUUGUCUCUACCACUUGCAUCUACAAGCAAAUGCACAUUGCAGGAUUGUCUUAGAUUAUUUUCCAAAGAAGAGAAGCUCACAGAUAACAAUAAGGUUCACUGCAGUCAUUGCAAAACCCGAAGAGAUUCUUUAAAAAAGAUUGAAAUCUGGAAACUCCCAGUUAUCCUUCUGGUGCAUCUGAAACGAUUUUCAUAUGAAGGACGUUGGCGGCAAAAACUGCAAACCUUUGUUGACUUUCCACUGGAGAAUCUUGAUAUCUCACAGUUUGUCAUUGGUCCAAAGAGUAAUUUCAAGAAAUAUAAUCUUUAUGCUGUGUCAAACCAUUAUGGAGGUUUAGAUGGAGGACAUUAUACUGCCUUCUGUAAGAAUGCCGCAAAACAGCGUUGGUAUAAAUUUGAUGACCAUGAAGUUUUUGAAAUGUCUGUGUCAUCUGUAAAAUCUACAGCUGCCUAUACCCUUUUCUAUUCUUCUUUGGAAUUACGGGCAGCUGAUACUGCAACAUAAAUAUAAUAGUAUUUCUUCAUCACUUAGCAUGUCACUGGUAACAUAUACAACACAUGCCUUUGGUAUGUGGGAAUGCUGCAAUUAAGACUGAGAAUAGAAUGCCUGCAAACUCGCCUGUGCAAAAUCACAUUUGGUGCAGUGUUACCAUUUUAUUAGAAUAUUAGCCUUAUACCGUUGUAUGACUUGCUACUAAUUAUCAAAUUAUAUAAACAUAAUCUAGAAUAACAUACUAAUUGUUGAAGAACAAUCAUAUUUUUUGGCUUUAUUUAAAUAAGGCCUGUAAUAAUUAGAAGUUAUUGCAAAACAGUUUGACUUGUGUAUACUGCACAUAUGUAUAUGAUAAACUGCGUUUGUUUUCUAACUUAUGUCCUUCUUAUAACAGAAAUUUAAGUUUUCUUAUACUUUGAAUAUCUUAUGACUUUGCUGUAGCAAAACUAUAACUUUAUAUAUUUAACUGCAAACUUGCACAUAAGUGUGUAUAUUUAGAAGCAGAAACACAGUAGCUAACAGAGUUGUCUAGGUGGAGGGCUGUUGAUGUCAACAUAAAUCUAAUGGAUAGUAAGUUAUACAUAAUGUAGUCACAAUAUUUUUGUAAACUAUUUGGGGAUUAUCAAGUGAUCUACACUUAAAAGCAGUGAUGCUGUUCAUUAUUCUCUGGAGAAAACUGCAGUGUUCAGAUAGAUUCUGCAGACCAUAAGUCUUUUUUUUCCAUUGUUGUCUUUGUCACUUUGUCUGAUCCUCCGUUCAUGUUCGACAGUUCAUGUGAAUAAACAGCAUGAAAAAAAUUAGAACCACGCACCAUCAUGGUGCUUGUUAAUGGGGUACUUUUAUAGCCUAAUUAAUAUGGCAUUAUAAAUUGUUUGAAGGUGUAAAUCAACAUUAAAAGAAAAAAGGGAUUAAGAAAUGGCAAGUUAAGUCAUUGGUGGAAAUGUAUACUUAAUAGGUUUGAUAUUGCCUUUAAACACUCUAUGUAUACAUUGCCACUUUCUGUAGCCGUUUCAUAUGGAAUUGCACAAGUUAGUUUUUAUUCACCCACUUUGUGGCUGUUUCAUUCAUAUGGUUUUAAUAUUUCUAACGGUGUAUACGAUUUGACUGAAAUAAGCACAAAUGUAUUCCCUCUGGAAACUGUUGAAGGUAUUUGAUUUCAUGGAACUAAAGCCUAAAUCUAACCUGUAUAUUUCUAUUAUUCGAAAAACUUUAGUGCUGUAAAUUUUAACUGGCCCAUAAAUAUUUAGCCAAAGCUUUGUGCUGUAAAAGUGUAACUGCAGUAAAGCUUUCUUGGAAGAAGCAAUGCAAAAAUGGUUCAUAAAGUGUGAACUGUCUUUGAGGUUUGUCCUCUUGUAUCCAUCUAGAAAUGCAUGAUUGCUGUUUAGGUCACUACCUGUUUAACUGUUAAUGUUGCUGCAUGUGUGUUUUCUUUGUGUAAACAUGAAAGUAACGUUCAUAUCAAAUGGGUCAGUUUCUUUUUUAUGUGGCAGUGUGUCUUGUAGUCGUGUAUUAUUUCAAGGGUUGCUAAAGUAAUUGGCAUGUCCUAAAGGAUAAAUUAAGACUAUCUACUUGGAGGGGAGGUAGGAAAGCCUUCAUUCAUUUUUUUUUUUAAGUUUAAAAUCUUUAAUAUUUAAAGGACCAUUGAGUUCUGCUUCUGAAGUAGGGCGUACUUCUAGGGUAUCAUAGAUGCAAUUUGUUUUAUAGGCUUUUCAAAUAAUUAGUCUAAAAGGGUUCAGUUAAGAUGAGAAGCCUUCAUUAUAGUUUAAUAUCUUUAUCUUCUUGUAAGAAGACAUCUGAGCCGUACUUCUGUAGCAAGCAUUUCUUGAUGUAUGAGCAGCAGCUUAUGAAAGAAGCUGCAAGCUAGAGACUUGUAGAUUUAAUUUUCUUCCAUGUAGAUAAUUAUUUAGAUAACUCCUCCCAAGAUUAGAGGAAUGUUAAGCUUGGUUAGUAACCUCACCACCACUACAACUGUCAUGUAUCAUUUUUCCCCCAGUGUUCCCAAGUCUAUGCAUUGAGCUGUAUCGUUACUACUGCACAUUAUUUGUAGUAUAUUGUAUAACAAGUAUUUUUAACAGGAAACGUGAGGAGUCGUCCUUGGGAUAUGGCUCUUUCUGUGCCUUAGAUAAAAAUGCGCAAUAGUUGCGAUAUUUCAUUUUCUACAACAGAGUAACAGUUUUGUAAGCAAUAAAUUUGUUACUUGGGGUGAAUAUUAUGUAUAGGCUACAGGUCAUAACCAGGUUGUUAGAAAACUCUUAGCUCAAAAAAUAAGCUUGAGGGAGAACCAUAUUUGAAACUAUUUGAAAAUGAUAGCUGAUGGAAACAAUCCAUUUGUAAUGUUGUGUGCUAUUUUUGUGUAUUAAAAGUGUGAGUGUACUUGCCUGACACAUGUUUAGCGCAGUAAGGGUACUUGCAUUCUGCUGGUGAAUUUUAAUUUUGUGAAAUCUGCACUAAUUGGACCACAUGGACAUAACGUAUCCUCCAGUGGGAAUAUAAGAAAUGCUUCUGUUUCAUUAACUGCUUAUUUAUUUAUUUAAUAAAGAUUAUUUAUUUGUUUA